ACACAUUUGCCAAGAAAAGGAGAGGGGGGUUUAGAGUUGUAGGGUGAAGAGAGCAGAAAAAAAGAAUCAAUGGCUUCCAGUUCAGCUGCUUCAAUGGCUCUGCCCUUAGCUGGAACUACUCAAAACAGGAUGCCAAGUUCUGAGGCAUUCUUUAAGCCGCUCCCGGUGAAGCCAUGGAGAUCAAUGGGCACUGUUAAAAGACCCAACGGAAGGCUCCAAGUCAAGGCUGCUUCUUCUUCGUUCAAGGAAAAGGCGGUGACAGGGUUGACAGCAGCGGCGCUGACGACAUCGAUGAUGAUCCCAGAGGUGGCUCAAGCGGCUGAUGGAGUCACCCCAUCUCUCAAGAACUUCUUGCUCAGCAUAGCGGCUGGUGGUGUGGUUCUGGUCGCCAUUGUUGGAGCUGUAAUUGGUGUGUCCAACUUCGACCCUGUCAAGCGGACCUGAGCUGAGCUCUUAUAAGUCUCUCUCAUGCUGUACAUUUUUUCUUUGAAUGUUAUCUGUUUAAGAAUGUUUUCCAGUUAUAAACUGCCGUAGCUGUAUUUUGGUUGA